AUGUUCUUCAAACUCCUCUUACUUCUCCCAGCGCUAGCCUUGGCCAAAAUUGGCGUGGAACUAUCUGGAACAUUCGAAAAAGACUUACAGCUCACCUUCUCUGGACACGAAACAGAUGUUAUAAGUGAUCAAGAGAUGCACACCUUCAACUUAACAGACGGAAACUUGAAGAGCGGUUCCGAGUCGUACUUUGGCAGACGGCCUGAUGAUGCGUUCGUGAGGAGCCCGACACCAUGGGGAGAUUUAUUCAAGACUUUCGGCUGGAAGCAAGUGUCCAGAACCCUCGCUCCAAAGCGUGGUCGCAUUCUAUCAAAGACCUCGGAACCACAGAUUGUGAUGCAUCAAAUCUUCGAGAACAACAGCACAAAAUCAGCUACGUUUAACGUAGGGAUCUCUCAAUCUCUGCAAAACACAAUGAGGUCGUCUUGGAGUAAAUCUGAAGGGCUAUCCAUCGGCCAGGAGAUCAAUUACGAACUCGACUUUGGCUUCAUUGAUAUCGGCGGUAAAACGUCGUUGGUUUUCUCGUCCGUCUACGGAAAGAGCAGUGAAAAGUCGCAAACGGUUACCGUCGGUACUGCAUCUCACAUGGACAUCAUGCUGCAGCCUGGUCAGUCUGUUUUGGCUGAGUUACGGGCUACCCGAGGAACGCUGAAGGUUGAAAUGGAAUACGAGGCCAGUCUAUCCGGAGACGUAGCUGUGAACUACAACACUCCGUACAAGGGUCAUCAUUUCUGGGCACUCAGUGUGGAUACUGUUAUGAACAGGGCUGGUCUUGGGAACGACAUGGUGUCCAGGCAAAUCGUUGAGGUCGGAUUUUACGCGAACUCUCAGAUAGUAGUUUACGACAGACAUUCCUCUGUCAAGCUGAUGGAUGUUGCUCUUUAG